AUGAAUACGGAAUUGCUUACUUGCAUGAAUUGCCUUAGUCCAAAAAACUCAUUUGCUAGCUUCAAUGUGGACAAGUUGGUUCGUCUUGCAGAACUUUAUCCGGCUGACUUCUCUAUUGAAUGUAUGUCUCUUCCAUAUCAACUUAAAACUUAUAUCAGUGAUAUAGUUGAUAAAGUUGAGUUCUCCAACAUUGAAGAUUUGGGAAAUUUAGCAAAGAUGUUGGUUUCUACCUCAAGAGAUAAAGCUUUCCCGUUGGUGUACCGUUUGAUUGAGUUGACACUGAUCCUCUCAGUUGCAACAGCUUCUGUCGAGAGAGUAUUUUCUUCCAUGAAACUUAUUAAGACAGAUUUGCGCAAUAGAAUGGGAGACGAAUGGAUGAAUGAUAUCAUGGUGGUAUACAUUGAGAGGGGAAUUUUCAAAAAAAUUGGAAAUAAGACUAUUCUUCGGCGAUUUCAAGACAUGUCGACUCGUCGAAAACAGUUAUCAUCUAGUGUGUCGUAUAAGUUGAACAGACAUUACAUGUUGGAUUUGAAGUCGAGGGAGACGAGGAACGAGAGGUGUCCGAGCUGUGGUGGAAUGGUGCCAGAGAGACUCAUGUGGGAUAGAUUCAAGGCAGCAACUCUGGUGGCGCGAGCUGCAAGUGACGCCAAUCCAGCUGCAGACAGAGCUCGAAUUGGUCCAGUUUCUUGA